UAACCGCCUGACAGCAGGGCUCCGGGGCUCCUCGGACGAGGCCACCGCCCCGAAUCAGGGCCUUCCCAGUCCUGCCUUCGCGGAGGGAGGACGGGGUUGGCCCGCGGGAGGCCAGUUCCCAGCGCGUCCAGAAGUCCCUCCCGCCGCCCGGCGUCGCUUUAAGGCGGAGGCCCGGGAGGGGGCCGACCCCGCCCGCCGCCCGGCUGGCUCCAGACUCCGGCAUUUCCUCCCCGCUCGCUGGCGCGGCCUGGCCUCGCCUCCCCUCGGAAGAGGAAGCUCCCGCGGCCCGAGUAACGGGCCCCGGCGCCGAGGGCAGCGGCAGGAGAACCAGGAGGGCCGCCCAGGGUAGGAGCGAGCCGGGCCGGGCCAGAAACUGGCCGAGGGCGGCGCGCCGGGGCGCCGGGCGGGCAGGGCCGCCGGGCCGGACGCAGCGCGCAGGGCGCGGCCGGGAGCCCGGGCGUGCAGGGCGGGCCGCAGCUGGAAAGAAAACUUGAGCUGGGAGAGGAGGCCGAGCUGCAGGGCGGCGGCCCCCCGCCGGCGAACGGGGGAGCCGCCGCGGAAGCCAAGGAGACGGGGGCCGCGGGGCCGCCGGGCGGCUGCGCGCAUGCCGGGCCCGGGGCGCCUCCUGGGCUCGCGCCCUGGGCUGCUCGGCCGCCGCGGCCCCGGGCGCCCGGCAUGUCGGUGCACUACACCCUCAAUCUGCGAGUCUUCUGGCCGCUGGUGACCGGCCUGUGCACCGCCCUCGUGUGCCUCUACCAUGUCCUGCGGGGAAGCGCGGGCGCCCGGGCCGAGCCCCCGGACGGCGCGGACAGCGGCUUCCCGCUGCUCAAAUUGGCCAUCCUGCUCCUGCUCGGCUACGUCCUUCUGCGCUGUCGCCACUUCGUCCGGCAGCGCUUCCUGCCCGGCUCUUCUCGCCUGGCGGGCCACUCUGCCUUCUCACCUAGAAGCCUCGGAGAGCCGGACCUGGGCAUCUUGCUGGAGAGUUACUACGAGCACGAGGUGCGCCUGUCGCCGCACGUGUUGGGCCACAGCAAGGCGCACGUGAGCCGGAUCGUGGGCGAGCUGGUGAGGGCCGGCCGUGCUCGGGGUUCCCCAGGUCCCAUCCCCGGAGGAGCGCUGGCCUUGGCCUUCCGCGGAGACUUCAUCCAGGUGGGCAGCUCCUACGAGCAGCAUAAAAUCCGCCGGCCGGACAGCUUCGACGUGCUGGUACCCCUGCGCCUCCCACCGCUGGUGGCGCUGGAGCCGCGGAGCCUGGGCACUGAGCCCGCGCUGGCCCCGGCCUUCCGCAGCUGCUUCGUGUGCGCCCUCAAGGCGCCGCCCUCGCCAUCGGGGGCCUCCGGGGGCCAGUGGCUUCGGGACUGCAAACCCUUCGCGGAUGGCUUCUGCGUGGAUGUGCGCGGGCGGCGUCACCUAUCUGCCGCGUUGGUGCUGCGUUGGUUCCAGUCGCACCUGCAGCGCUCCCUGGCUACCGUGCGCUACAGCUUGGAGGGACGCUGUCGGGUCAGCCUGACCCCCGGGGGCCUGGAGCAGCCUCCCACCCUGCACAUCCUGCCCUGCCGCACUGACUAUGGCUGCUGCCGCCUGUCCAUGGCUGUGCGUCUCAUCCCCGCCGUCCAUCUGGGCGACGGUGUCUUCCUUGUGGCACCACCGCCGCCACCUUCACCCAUCGGGCCCCUGUUGGAGCUCCCAGGAGGCCUGCGCACUGAGGCACUGUGGGGUGUGAACACAGCUCGUCAGGAGCAGAAGCUCCUGGGCUGGCUGCAGGAACGGGCCCCUCCAGGUGCCUGCUACCUCAAGUGCCUGCAAUUGCUUAAGGCUCUGCGAGACCUGGGUGCCCGCGGGCUGGACCCGAUGGCUGCCACCCAGUGGGGACGCAUCCUGUCGUCUUACGUGCUCAAGACAGUGCUGCUGACGGUGCUGCUGCGCCAUGGGGCCCCUGCGCGCGCCUGGGAGGAGGCACGCCUGAGUGAGUGUUUGGAAGAGUUGGUGCAGUUCCUUAGGGGCUGCCUGCUGAGACGGCAUACGCUCUUCCACUGUGUCCUGGGCCCGGGUGGGGCGGCCACCGAGGUGGGCCCCCUGCCCAAGGUCCUGCGUGAAGCCGCCCCAGUUGACCUUCUGGCCGCCUUCGAUCCUCACGCCCGCGAACUCACAGCGGCGAGGUUGCUGUCCACGUGGCGAAGGCUGCCACAGCUUCUCCGGGCCUACGGGGGUCCCCGCUACCUUGCCAGGUGCCCCCCGCCCCGGAGUCAGCGCACACAGGGGUUCCCUGAAGAUGAACCCUAAACCUUGACAGUACCCGCACCCGACCAAAUGCUCCUAAAACCUUUCCCACCUGGUGACUGUAGGGAUGAGGCCAAAGGCAAGAUGGCUGUUGGAACAUGUGGAGGAUGCCACAGGCUUUGGUGGCUCCACAACCAAAUAUAAUUACUGCAUCUUCUUUACACCUGCUAGAGGGUCCCGAACAAACUGGCACAAUGCCCAACUGCAGCUGUGGGGAUUUGGUCAGAAUGGUGAUCUGGGUGGAAACUUGUAGAAAUAUCUAGUUCCCAAGGAAGUCCAGUAAAGAAAGCAAAAGCUAGCUGCAGGGCAAGUUCCCUCUGUCUGUUUCUAGAAACAGAGCUCAGUGCACCCAGAUUUUUUUAUUAACAAAUGUUUAUGACAUACCUAUUUGCUUGGGACUAGGUUCCCAACUGAAUUUUUUUUUUCUUAAUAUCUGAAUCUUUAUGGACAACUGAAGUUCUGUUGCAGCAAUUAGUAUUCUGAGGAACAUCAUUCCUCUAUUCAAAUUAAUCCCAAAGUAUUUUAUGGUGCAAUCACAGAUGUUUGAUAGGAUUGUCAGUAACUGCGUCUUACAUGUGUCAAGGCAGUCAAGAGUUGGUUAGAGAGAUUUCCAGAGCAAAUAGCACUUUAUGUUGAUCUCUUGUUUUGUGGUGAGAGCACCAAGCCUUGAAUCUGAAAGGAAGGUCAGUUACUUUGAUUUUGAAGACAUGUGCAGCUUUGAAAAGCAGGCAGCAUGUUGACUUCACAUCCCCCCAGGCCAUGAGUUGGAUGAGGUACCAGUGAGUCAACACCAGUUCAUUGAGUGCCUACUGUGAGCCAGCACAAUGCAGAGUAGCAACAAAGUCCAUAAUUCAGACACUGCAAGCAUAAAACAUGUUGGCUCUUGAGAAAGAGACAGUUCAGUCUUUGCCUAUAAAGAUGUCUGGCUAACCUUUGCUUCUGGCUGGACCCAGAAACCUGUUUUUGGUUUUAAGGCUUUUUAAGCAAACUCCUUUGCAGAGGUGUCUCUCUGAGUUUCAGGAGUGCCUGAAGAGGCAAGUCAGCUGCCACGGUGGCUGGCGCUGUCCAUCAGUGCCAAGUGAUAGCUAGUGGUUGGAAGUUUCUUCCUGUUUGCCCAGGCAGCCCAAGUGGUCCCGAAGGGCCAGCUCUGAGAGGCUCUUGAUUCAGCCUGGGUUUUGCAAAACAGUUCACAUACAGAUCAGUACCUCAGGAUCUGUCCUGGGAGAUCAGUUACUCCUGAUCUGUGUGUGGGCAGAGGGGAGGAAGAGCAGGAGAGAUAGCAGUUUGCUCUUUUUUCUCUUUGGGUAUAAAUAUCACCGGGUUGGGGGUAGGAUGCAGCUAAGAGGAGCCUGUUUUGAGACUUUCCUUGUUCUCCCAAACGCAGUUCAAGUUUCAAAUGCUCCAUGAAGCACUGAUUGGAAAUGCAGCCUGUCUCAGCCUUAUACUUGGGAUUUAAAAACAAAAAGAACCAAAGACAUGUACUUCCUUAGACUCUUAUAGGCUAAACUUGGAAGAUAGAAAUAGUUACGUGAAUAGGGUCAUUGUUUAAUUUCUGAGCUAUUUUGGGGGAGUUGCAUAAGCCUUUCUUUAGGGGAUCCACUUGGCCACUGUGGGAAAUCCUGGUGCAUAAAUAAUUUACAGGGAAUCCUUCUCAUCAGAGCUGCAUAGGUUUCUUAUAUCCUUUGCAACCUUGGACUGAGAGAGAAACAGCCUCGGAUGGUGUGCUGUCUCUUUAAGGUUGUUUUGGGGACCACUGACUUUGAUACCCCACAGGUUCUUCCUAGCUUUUGAGGCCAAUGUUAAGACAUAAGGUACUACAUAGAGCAAAGGGGUAAAUGACCAGCUUCCUGCAAAGAUAUAAACUGCACAGUAUUUUUUAAAAAUUUUACUUUUUAAAAUAAAUGCCAACAGUAGAUCUUAUAUCUAUAUCUAUAUCUAUAUAUUUAUAUAAACAUAAUUUCCAAACUCAGCCCUAACUUCCCCUGUAGUCAUUAAGUCUACUGGAGUGGGGACCAAUGAGACAAUAUUGAGUGGAUUAUAAAGCUUUAAAAACUAAAUUUUCCAGAUAUUUCUAGCUGAGUUGGUAGAUUCCUUUUUUAUCUUAAUAGUAUUUUAAAGUAUAAAUCUGGUAAUGUAGUAUUCUUGUAGUUUUUUAUAUUAUUAUUAUUAUUUCAGGUGAAUUACCCCAAACCUCAUCCAUCCUCAAGGUUCUUAAAUUUUAUUUUUUUAAAUUAAUGGGCAUUGUAUUUGUGACUUUUUAAAAUGUUAAUGUUUUUAUUUAAAUGCCAUGCUGAGCAAUUAUUCUCUGUACAUGGUAACCAAAACUUAAGAGAUUUCGAUCAAUUUUGAUCAAUGCUUAGUGAUCCAAAACAUGUACUGUGUACAAAUGAAAUAAUAUGGCAUCUUAGCCAGGUGUGAUGGUUGCCCAAGGCAUUGACAUUAAGUUCAAUUCUGCAUUUUAUUAGGGCUCCGUCAUAUCCCUCUUCUGAAAUGUACACAUUUUUGGUGUAUGCUUGGUACUGGAGAUUCAUAUAUAAAUAUUCUCAUACAAGAAGGCUCUACAAAAAUGGGGGUGGGGGGGUAUUGUUUAACCAGUGACCAGAGAAAAUGUUUUGGGGUAAUCCCAGAGCUUGGGAGGCUGAGGCAGGAGGAUCACAAGUUCAAAGCCAGCCUCUGCAACUUAGUGAGGCCCUCAGCAACUCAGUGAGACUCUGUCUCUAAAUAAAAAAUAAAAAGGCCUGGGGAUGUGGCUCAGGGGUUGAGUGCCCCUGAGUUCAAUCCCCAGUACCAAAAAAAAAAAAAAAGUUUUGGGGACGAUCACUAGGCCAUUUUGUCAAACACCCUUCAGGAACUCCCACUGACCUGGCGUGGAGCCUUCGGGAUGCUGGUGGACUGAGAGAAGAUGGGUUUUGCAAAACAAAUCUGGAACUGAAAGAAAGGAGAAUGUGAGAGACCAGAGAGAAAUCUGAAGAAUUCAGGAAGGCAGCUCAAGAUGGAAGUGGGAGAGAGAGGGGAGAAGGGAGCGGAGGACCAGAGGGUACGGGAGAGGUUUGGGGGAGGUGGGAAGCACCGUUUUCGGUGUAUGCUCUUUCCAGCUGGGGGUCGCAAACUCAGCAGCCUGCAGGAACAAGGGAGGGAAGUGCACGGGAGGGGUGGGAAAUGCCGCCUUCACGGGGGCGGCCGCGACUCGGCUCCAGGCUGGGAACCGGAGGGAGAAGUGGGCAGCUUUCUUUUUUUAAAGUUUAAAAAAGAAAAAAACCAAAACAAAACUCACUGAUUAUUUAAAUCAAUAUUUUUAAAUGUCCAAAUCAUU